AUGUCAGACAACCCAGGAAACUUCGCCAACAGACCCAAGGAGGAGGUCCAGGCAAUCGCCAGCAAGGGCGGAAAAGCCAGCCACGGCGGCGGCGGUGGUAGCUCUGGUGGUUCUGACGACACAACCUCAUCCUCAACCGGCAACACCAACCCAGGAAACUUUGCCAACAGACCCACGGAGGAGGUUCAAGCUAUUGCAAGCAAGGGAGGAAAGGCUAGCCAUGGAGGUGGAGGAGGUUCGGGUGGCUCAGAUGAUACGACAUCAUCGUCGACCGGAAACACGAACCCAGGAAAUUUUGCGAAUAGACCAAAGGAGGAGGUGCAGGCGAUUGCGAGUAAGGGAGGGAAGUCUAGUUAA